UUCAUUCAUUCUCCUUCCCUUGUUUGGAUCAAAACUUUGUAUUUUGUGCCUGAAAUAUACUAGCUUGCUGCGGAGGUUUAUGAACAUCAAAUUGCAAUCUAAAAUAAAUUUCUCUAAUUCGCGCCAAAAUGGGACUAAAUGGAUGUUGUGGUGUUAUAAAAUAUUUGGUGAUUUUGAUGAACUUGUUGUUCUGGAUCAUAGGAUUGGCAAUAAUUUCACUCGCGAUAUGGAUGUUGACCGAUCCUACUUUUUUGAUCUCGAUGACACAAAAUGAAAAGAACUAUUUCAUUGGACUGUAUAUUUUUUUGGUUGUCGGUGGACUUAUGUUGACGAUUGCACUGCUUGGAUGUUGUGGGGCCUACAAAGAAUCCCAAUGUAUGCUGUUCUCUUUCUUCAGCUGUUUGUUGAUAGUCUUAGUUGCCGAAGUGGCUGCAGGCGCAUGGUCUUAUCAUAAUUCGGAAAAGCUAGAAACUUUUGUACGCGCUGCCGUGAAAGAAGCGGUACAAGAUGAGUAUUCUGUAGUAGCCAGCCGGACCACCGCGCUCGAUUCCAUACAAAAAUAUUUCCAUUGCUGUGGAGCCGAGGGUCCAAAUGAUUGGCAAAGCAGUGUGUACAACAAUGCGGAUCGAUCCUCAUUUCUGAAUAUUGCGAUUUCCAAACUGAAUAUUGCUUAUAAGGUGCCAAAAACGUGCUGCGUCGACAAAUUGUCUGCGGAACAAUGCAAUUCGGCUCGCCAAAUAGGGAUAAUCACAUCGAUAGCCAGUCCUGUCAUAUAUACCGACGGAUGCAUGGAAAAGCUUGUCGACGAAAUCAAGAAAAACAUAAAGCUAGUAUACAUAUUCGGCGCCGGAAUCAUUGGAAUUGAAAUUCUAGCCAUCAUCUUCGCUCUUUUCUUGUGUUGUGCCAUCCGAAGAAACAACAGUUACAAAAACUAAAUGCACAAGUUGUAUGUGAAGCCAUGCCCACAAAGUAUUUUUUAGAUAAUAAGACAUAUUUUGAUCGAGAAGUAAUUGUCGUUUAGAAGAAGAAAAAUUAUGCGGUGCUGUUCAAAACAAUGGCAGCGGCUAGGGUGGUCGCUAAAUAUAUUUCUUUUAUUCCAAUAUUAUUUUGGUUUACAAUAUAUUCAAUGAUGUAACCAAAGUAUUCCGGUUAACACAGCGAAAAGUGAUUUUUUUUCUUUAUUUUCAACAUAACCAUUAUUUUUGAAGCGUACAGCACAAACCCUGCAGUUUUUUUCCCGAGAGAACAUGACGCUAAAUUGACACAACUCUUCAAAUUAACUGUCAACGAGUCACGCGACAUGAUGUUACCAUAGCUUUGCAAUUAUUGUGGACAGCACUGUAUCACACCGAAAAGCACACUCAUGAACAUGUUCUUCGAAUUGAAGAAAGUACUUAUAAAAAGCUUUGCACUUUUUACGAUCUGAAGUGGAAUCUGUAGCCAAAAAGAUACUCUUAUAUGUUUAUGAUAAUAAAAAUGUUUUAACAUGUCCAAAUUUUGCGAUAUUUGAUUUAAUUUUCUAUAAACCGAUUAAAUACUACCAAAUGUAUGCUUUUAACGGACCGUAAUUUUAUUUUUUAAUUAAUUCCCACAAACAAUCGCAUUCGAAUCGAAUUGUUAAUCCUUGAUAUUGUUUUAUGCAGAAUAUAAUCGUAAAGAAUAGUUAUAAAGCUAGUACAUUACGAGACGGGUCUAUGGUACUAGGUGAGGCCGUUUCGUCACUAAGUUGGUUAGGGGAGCGGUAUAUGAAAACAGCACGGAAGAAAGUAGAAGGGGAAUUUUUUGCUUGUAGCGUAAAAGAGACAGACUGAUCACGAGCGAGCUUCGGCAAUAGCGUAUUGUGUUUUGUUUACAAACAAAACACAGUAGACUUCCAAGAUGGCUGAAGAGUGGUUUUAGCCAAGACGGGUCUAUGGUACUAGGUGAGGCCGUUUCGUCACUAAGUGUGAUAGGGGAGUGGUAUAUGAAAACAGUACGGAAGAAAGCAGAAGGGGAAUUAUUUCCUUAAUACGUGAAAGAGACAGACUGAUCACAAGCGAGCUUGGGCACAAGCGUAUUGUGUUUUGUUUACAAACAAAACACAGUAGACUUCCAAGAUGGCUGAAGAGUGGUUUUAGCAAGUUGGCCCACCUUAGUAUAUACUUCUAGGCGCCUUGGUACAUUAUCUGGGAACAUUCGGGUUGUCAUUGCAACAUAACCACAAAUAAUAUAUGCACAAAUAUGACAUAUAUGUACAACAAAAAAACAAUACACAUACAUAUAGUUUAUACGUAAACGGGUAGAACAUUAAGAUCUAAAUUUCAUUGUUAAAUGUCUGGAGAACAGAAACAUGCAUACGCAUAAUACAUAUAAUGUUGUAAAUGCUACUAUCAAUACAUCGUUGUUCGUUUGAUCUUAACUUCAUUCUGACUGAAUGCACAAGCUCUCCAAAUUGUGAAUAUACUGAUAUUUUGAUUGAUCAUUGAUUACUUUUUCAAACUGCCCAAACGAUCUAAUAAUAUUAUUUUGGCGCAAAAAUUGCCGAAUAAAUAAAAACGAAUAUUGCCAAAUAUAUUUUAAAUUAAGAACGGAUGGUGUAAUUGUAAAAUGAGUAACUGUAAGACCAAUUGAAUAUUUCACGGCAACUUGAAAUUCGAACAUGUGUUUACCUUCUUCUUGAUUAUUAAUAUCGUUGAGAAACUUAAAGUACAGAGAAAUGGAUGCAUAAGUAACCACUAUUUAUUAAUACUAUUUUCUAUAAUCGAUAAUAAAAAUUGCGGGAUCAUGAAGAACCAAC